AUACAUUACAUGAUAAUUUACAAAAUGUAUAAAUGAGUAAAUAUAAGAAGAGAGCAAGACUAAUGAAGUAGUGAUCCAAGUCCAAGAAGCUGUAGUUGAAACAUUGAGUGCCAGUUUUCGGGCUCCUGUACCCCUUGCUGAUGGUGGUAAUGAGAAGAGUGUCUUUAAUUAUAGAUGGAUUUUUGAGACAGAAGCUCUUGGAAGAUGUCUUUGACGGUGGAAAGGGUAAGACCAGAGGCACAGUCCAUGAUUUUCCUGACUUUGAUGCCAAUCAAGAUGCUGAGACGCUACACAAGGCCAUGAAGGGAUUUGGAACUGAUGAAGAUGCCAUAUUGAACCUACUGACGCAGAGAAGUAAUGCCCAGCGGCAGCAAAUUAUUGCUGGCUAUAAAACUGUGAUUGGAAAGGACCUGGUUGAUGAUCUGAAGUCUGAGCUGUCAGGAAAGUUUGAGUCACUAAUUGUUGCUCUCAUGCUCCCUCCUGAUCACUACGAUGCCAAGGAGCUGCACGAUGCCUUAAAGGGUGCUGGGACAUCUGAGGAUGUUCUGAUUGAAAUCUUAGCAUCGCGUAAUAAUGAACAGAUCCACCGGAUUGUGGCAGCUUAUAAAGAAGACUUUGAAUCUGAUUUGGAGGAGGAUCUCGCCUCAGACACAUCAAGCUACUUUCAACGAGUUCUGGUUUCCCUAGUUCAGGGUAACAGAAGUGUUGCUGAAGCCGAUCCUUCUCAAGCAGAAGAGGAUGCAAAGGCUCUUUAUGAAGCUGGUGAAAAUGCCUGGGGUACAGAUGAAGAACGAUUCAUUGCCAUUCUCUGCUCCAGAAGUGUCCCUCAUUUGUUGGCAGUGUUCGAUGAGUACCAGAAGAUAAAUGACAUUGAUCUUGAAGACAGCAUUGCAAGCGAAUGUUCAGGAAGUCUCCAGUGUGUUAUGUUGGCCAUUGUCAAAUGCGUGAAGAACACACCAGCCUAUUUUGCAGAGAAACUUUACAAUGCUAUGAAGGGUGCUGGCACAGAUGACAGUACUUUGAUGAGAGUUAUAGUGUCUCGCUCUGAAAUUGAUCUUGCGGACAUCAAGGAUGCUUACAAAGCCAAGUAUGAUGAGGUUGUCCACUUAGCAAUUAUGGGAGAUACAAGUGGAGAUUAUAGAGAUUCUCUGUUGAAGAUCUGUGGUGGAGAAGACUGAAGCUUCCCUGUUCUUGGAGAAUGGACCACAAAUGUUUUGACUAUCACAUGUUUUAGUUGCCAUGCUUUCUAUAUACAGUGUUUUGUAAAGGCAUUCAGCCCCCAACUCUUCAUUCACAUAAAUAUUACAACCAGGGAUUUUGAUCAAUUUAACUGAGAAUUUUUAUUCAUGAAUUGCAUGCUGCUUUUUCCCCCCAGAGUAGAGCUGAAAGAACAGUAAAACUGAAAAGCUUGAAAAAUUAAAAAUUCAAAAACUGAAAUGCCAGCAGUUCCAAAGUAUUUAUCCCCUUUGUUCAGUUUUUUAGUUGAACCAUCUCUCGUAGCUACUACAGACAACAAAGCCUCUAGUAGCUUUGCACAACAUAAUGGAGCAAGAUUUUCCCACACUUCCUUGGAAAAAUAGCUCAAGUUGUGCCAGGUUAAUUUGGGGGCGGUGGUGGUCGGCAAUCUUGAGGUCUUGCUGGAGAUGUUUGAUCGGGUUAAGAUCGGGACUCUUACUAGACCACUCAAGGACACAAAUUUUCUACAUUUGAAGUCACUCCAUGCUUCCUCUGGCUGUGUGCUUUGGGUCGUUGUCCUGCUGAAAGAUGAACUUCCUCCCCAGUUUAAGCUUUCUGGAAGAUGCAAGCAAGUUUGUGUCCAUGGUCUCUUUUGUAUUUAGCAGCAUUCAUUUUCCCAUCAAUCCUGACCAGAUUUUCAGUCCCCAUGACCUGAUGCUACCCCCACCGUACUCUACCCUAGGGAUGAUACACAGUGUUAGAUUUAUGCCUCAUGUACCGGUUAGUGUUGAGGCCAGAAAGUUCCACUUGUUCUCAUUGGGCUGCAAGACCUUUUUCCACAUCUUGAGAGUAUCUUCUAAGUGACAGUUGGCAGUCUUUAUGGGUAAGGAUGUUUUUUUCUCAAAGCCAGGGCUUAUUUCUUCUCACUCUUCCAUAAAUACUCUUUUUGUGCAAGGCUUUAGAAAUUACGGAGCUAUUAACUUCAUCUGCACUUGCAGCCACGGACUUCUGCAGCUCACCCAGAGUGCCUGUUGGCAUCCAGUCAUUCUUCUCUGCGACUAAGUUUUGGGGGGGGGGGGUGCGCAUAUGUGGUUUCAUAUUGUUUCAAUUUUUUCACAAAAGACUGCAUUGAACUCCGAGGUAUAUUCAGUGCCUUUGAAAUGGUUCUGUAUCUUUCCCUGGAUCUGUUAUUUUCUAUUAUCAUUUCCCUGACGACUUGAAUUUUUUUGUCUUUUAGUUUGGUCUGUAGAAAUCUACCAUACUGUUGGACCUUACAGAGAGGGUGGGUAUUUAUUCAGGGGAUCCUCCAAAUUUCUACAUCAAUUGGGUGAGUUGUAAGGUAAUACACAGUAUUGCACCUGAAGAAAGUUCGUGCAUUAAUUACAAAUGGGAUGAUUACUUUGGUUUUUAAUUAGUAAAUUGUGGACAGAUUUUGGAAUUUUUGACAUGCACAAAAUUUUGUAGAGUUAGCUCACAAAAGACCUACUUCAGUAUAUUUUAAAUUUUAGAAAUUGAGACAGUAAAAUGUGAAAGUAGUUGUGGGGACUGAAUACUUAUUCAAUUCACUGUAGCUUGAGCAACAGUCAUGCUUUGUAUAAAUUAUAACAUUAGAUAUUUCCAGUAAAUAACACCAGGCUCUCAAUUACAAUACUGAGGUGGGCUUACAUGUAUUUGUAAAAUCUUGAAGCUCAUUUAAAAAAUUUUCAUAAAGUUUUGUAAUGUCUCUAUCCACACUAAUCCAUUUUGAUGUAAUUUUGUUUUAAAUAAUUUGUUCUUCCCACAACCAGUAUCAACUUUACAGAGCAUACCUUGUAACCAUGCUUUUCAGAAAGCAAAUUUUAAAUUAUGAGUUGAUAUAUUCCAAAUUAAAUUUGAUUUUCUUUAUUACAAAUGCUACUGGCCAUAUUAACCGGAAUUGUGUGGAAUGAAUCAUGAGAUAACUUUGGCUUGGUGUAUUCUCUGGUGCACCUCCCUUGUCCUAAAUCACUGAUUAAAGAAUGUAAUUAAUACUACAAUGCAUUUACUAUUAAAUGGCUUCAAUCCUC